AUGGCAAAGGAUCGGGAAGGAUGUAUGGACAUGGUUGAAGGUCAAGAUACGGAUCAACCACCUGGAUGCUGGCUUACAUGUCACGUUACCUGCAUACUGACAACGAGACCAAUGUCUUGGUGCUUCACCACAGCACGACAUCAACAUCUUUUCAAGCUGCAUCACGUGAUGGCAAACGAGCAAUGGCAAUACUAUACCGACAUAGCAGCAGCCAAACACCUAUCACCCAAUGCAUUGAGCUUCGAUCACUAUUACAUAUUGCUGGAAUCCGAUUUGCCCCAUGAACAAGUGGAGAUCCUCAAACGUUCGGCAUGUUGGCUAUUGUUUACAAGGACGUAUCUUGAUUGCCAGCUGGUGAUUGGAUCCAUUCAAGCGGAUAAGGAUGAGGAGAACUAG